AUUUCCCCUUUGCUGAGUUUUAUACGCCACGCAAACAACACACACAAAACACAGUCACUGUACAACUCUCAGCAGUUUUAUCCUCUCCCUUACUCUCUCUCCCACCACUACAUCGACUCGAGGGAAACACACAAUGUCCACGCCAGCCAGAAGAAGACUAAUGAGAGAUUUCAAAAGAUUACAAGAAGACCCACCAACAGGAGUAUCGGGCGCUCCCACGGAUAAUAACAUUAUGCUAUGGAACGCUGUCAUAUUUGGACCCAAAGAUACUCCUUUCGAAGACGGUACUUUUAAACUAACGAUGGAAUUCACGGAAGAGUACCCUAAUAAACCUCCCACGGUUAGAUUCGUAUCGAAAAUGUUUCACCCGAAUGUAUAUGCUGAUGGCAGCAUAUGCUUGGAUAUUUUACAAAAUAGGUGGAGUCCAACAUACGAUGUAUCAUCAAUACUAACGUCUAUUCAGUCUCUACUCGAUGAACCCAACCCUAAUAGUCCUGCUAACAGUCUAGCAGCUCAACUCUAUCAAGAGAACAGGAGAGAGUACGAGAAGAAGGUACAAGCUAUUGUAGAGGAGAGCUGGAUGAACGUAUGACAGCGUCGAGUAUAUGGCAGGUGGCUGAGACAACCUUUAAUGUCAGCAAGAGAGAAUGUUAUAUGUCUAGUACUGUAGAGUAAACUAAUCAUUAUUAUUAUUAUUAUUAUUAUUAUUAUUAUUAUGA